GAAACUUCAACUCGCUAUGCCGCCAUCUUUCCUUGGGAUACUAUUGAGUUAGUAGAGCAAAAACAAUAACCAUUUCGAAUGAUAAUUUCUCCGGUAUAGAUCUGCUGAAUCAUUUCUGUUUGCGUGACCGCUGUACAAGUACAAAUUUUAAAGAGCAACAGUGUUGACUGAUUUGACUAUACUAUACACGUAUAAGGCAAGACACAGCGGUUUGGUGCAAGCGCUCGACCAGUGGAGGUGGUCAACAUGGGCCGCUCUCGGAGCCGCAGCUCGUCCCGCUCCAAACACUCAAAAAGCAGCAAGCACAGUAAGAAACGGAGCCGGUCGCGGUCGAGAGACAGGGAGAGGUCAAAGAAACGCUCCAAGUCCCGGGAGGCGAAAAGAAACCGUCGCAGAGAGUCUCGUUCGCGUUCUCGGUCCACCACAACUUCGUCCCGCAGAGAGAGAGCAGCCUCGCCGCCGGAGCGCACCGACAUCUUCGGCAGGACACUGAGCAAGAGGAAUGCUCUGGACGAGAAGCAGAGAAAGGAGGAGGAAGAGAGAAAAGCAGAGAUGGAACGGCAACGGAAGAUCCGGCAGCAGGAGAUAGAAGAGAAGCUGAUCGAGGAAGAGACGGCGAGGCGCGUGGAGGAGCUCGUGGCCAAGCGGGUCGAGGAGGAGUUGGAGAAGAGGAAGGACGAGAUCGAGCGGGAGGUCCUGCGGCGUGUAGAGGAAGCAAAGCGCAUCAUGGAGCGGCAGCUGCUUGAAGAGCUAGAGAGGCAGCGACAGGCUGAGUUGGCAGCGCAGAAGGCCAGAGAGGAGGAAGAAAAAUCUAAGCGGGAGGAGCUGGAAAAAAUCCUGGAGGAGAAUAACCGCAAGAUCGCCGAUGCUCAGGCCAAACUGGCUGAAGACCAGUUGCGUAUAGUGGAGGAGCAGAGAAAAAUUCACGAGGAGCGGAUGAAGCUGGAGCAGGACCGUCAGAGGCAGCAGAAGGAGGAGCAGAAAAUGAUCCUCGGCAAGGGCAAGUCCAGGCCCAAGCUCUCCUUCUCCCUCAAGGCCACCGAAUGAAAACUGCUCCCUCUCCUCUAUCAACACAUCCUGCCCUGCCUUCACCCAUGUCCCGCUCUCCUUCCUUGUCAUUUGACCCCACUCCUCCUUCUCCUCGGUGGAACACUCGCUUCGUUUUGGAAGUGCUGAAGGAAGGCCGAAAAAAAGGGGUGCAGAACAACAUGUUAACUGACCCGACCACCCCACCCCCCAAAAAGGAGGCAGAGGGACCUGACUGCUCGCUCCAUUCGUCUCAUCCCCAUGGCACACGUGACUUUUUUUGUUUUGUUUUAAUUUUAGGGAAUUUCAACUGUUGAUGUAGAAUGCUUUAACAUGCUCUCAUGCCCUGUUGAGUCUUAACUCUGGUGUAACAGCAAGCACCUGUGUUCUCCUUCCAUGUCGUCAUAGCCAGCAGACAAUAGUCAAGUCAAUAGUCAAGCCCCAAUUUCGGAUCUAGAAGACUUACAAUGUUCUAGUUUCAUUAACUGUAUAAGUUCAUGUGCAGCCUGGGAGUCGGCCUGUGUUUUUCCUCUCCAUGUUUGUUCUUUUUCUUUUUUAAAUAAGGGCUGUAAAAGUGAGCCUCUACAAAAGCACAGUUACAGUACUUCUCAUCAACUUCUGUAUGUCACUUCCUGUCCCCAUGUUAUCCCCUCAUGUAAAUCAGCAGCUUCUCCUUAUUUAUCAGCAUGUAGUCCAGUCCAGAGAGGAAAUGUUAAAGCUUUCACUUUUUAAAUCAAUGUGGUGUAAAUUAACCUCAGGCCUGGAUGACCAGGCUGUCCAUGACUGAAGCACACACACACCUUCUACAGGAUACGUGUCCCGACUUAGAUAAGCGAGCCCGUGGCUAACGAAGGAGAGAGGGGAGAUGUUUCCUGUAUGAUGUAAUGUUAUUAGCCUUGCUAUGUGAUCUGCCGACUCCUGAUCCCCAUCCCCCACAUAAAGAGUGUGUUACAGAAAUUGAUCCACAGCGAAACAAAAAACAUGAAACAGUAAAAAGGCAAAAUACUUGAGCAUUGUUUUUAGCAGACUCUUGUGGAAAAAACAGCGAAAUGCACGAAAAAAAAACAACUCCCAACCAUAGACUCAAUGUAACUUCCACGAGUUUUGUUUUGUUUGUUGUAAAUGAACUUGAUAAUUCACAACUUGGUAAGUUUUGAUUCGAUCUGGAUGGACAAGUUAAGGUAAGAUGAGGUUAGUGUGUGUGUGUGUGUGAGUGAGUGUGUGUGUGUGUGUGUGUGUGAGAGAGUGAGUUAGGGAGGCUGACCUCAGGUGGGUAUUCUGACUUGUUUUUGAAUUUGUCAUGUGAUUUUUUUAUUUUUUUUUUUCCCCACUUGUCAAGGGACUGAAACAUUGAGUAAAUCCAUUGAAUGCCUACA